AAAGAAGUAGUAGCACAUUAUCAUUAGACUUCUCUCUUAUUUUCUCACAAAUCUCCCAUCUUCCCACGUCUUCUUCUUCUUCUUUUUCUUCCUCUUCACUUCCAUUUCUCUGCAAAAAAAAAAAAAAAAAAAAAAGAAGAAAAAUGUUCUGUUUAAUCCCAUUUUUAUAUUUUGAAUAAAUGGGGAAAGCAUCCAAAUGGUUUAGAGGUCUUCUUGGCCUCAAAAAACACGACUCAUCACCCCCUUCUAACCAAACUCCAAACCCCACUAAACAAACAAAGAAAAAAUGGAGCUUUGUUAAAUCUUACAGAGAAAAAGAAAAAGAAAAAGACUCUACGUUUAUUAAAUCAUCACACUAUGGUGGUGGUGGUGGUGAUGGUGUUGUUGCAUCAAAUUCACUUGAAAACAACGCUGUUGUUAGUGGCAGUGUCAGUGUUGUUGAUCCGACAAAGCGUGCGAUGGCUGUCGCAGAAGCAACUGCUGUCGUGGCAGAAGCUGCUAUUGCUGCCGCACAAGCUGCUGCUGCGGUGGUGAAACUCACUAGUAGUGGUAGAGCUACUACAACUACUAGUAUUAAUAAUAACAACAAUAAUAAUACUAGUGGUGGUACAGUGAUGACGUGGAAUGGUGUUUCUCUAAGUUCCUCUACGGUGGCUGUUAAAAGAAAAGGAGUCUCAGUUGGUAAACCUGAAGAUUGGGCUGCUGUUGUUAUACAAUCACAUUUUCGAGCUUAUUUGUCGAGGAGAGCUUUAAGAGCGUUGAAGGGGCUAGUGAAGCUUCAAGCACUGGUGAGAGGUCACAUUGUGAGGCAACAAACUGCUGAUUAUCUACGGCAAAUACAAGCAAUAACCAGAGCUCAGUCGAGGGCUCGUGCUGGGCGGUCACAGGUCUCAGGAUCCCCUCACUCGAGCACUAAGUCUGUUCAAUUUCUUCAUGCUAGUCCUACAACUCCAGAGAAAUUCGAGCAUGUUAUCCGCGCAAGGAGCUUGAAGCACGACGAAACACUUCUGCUCAAGAGGAAUACCUUGAAAUCAAAUUGGAAGGUGAUUGAUUCGGAAAAGGCACGAAUUAGAUCCCAAGGAUCUUCUGCAAGGACCAGUUCUAUUGAUGAUGAAAAGAGUUGUGACAAGAUCCUCGAGAUAGAUACCGGGAGACCAUAUGCUACGCCUAAACAAAGGAACCUCUUUCACUCCUCACAUCUUAGCUUGAAUUCUGAACAAUACAGCUAUAGCUUAACAACAUCGAAGGAAUCGACAGCUCAUCAAACGGUUCCCAGCCCAUCGUCCUGUGGAAAUCAUGAAGAUCUUGAUGAAGCUUGCUUCUGUACUGCUGACAAUAGCCCUCAGUUUUACUCGGCUUCAUCAAAAGGCGGUAGCUCAAAGAGGGGCCCGUUUACUCCAACUAAGAGCCACGGUUCAAGCAGUUGCUUGAGUGGUUACUCUGAUCAUCCUAACUACAUGUCCUACACCGAGUCCUCGAAGGCUAAGGUACGCUCAAUGAGCGCACCGAAACAGAGGCCUAACUAUGAGGGAUCGAGCUCAACAAAAAGGUACUCGAUUCACGGGUACGGUGAGUCAAGAACUAACUCACAAAAGGGUUCGUUUUACGCCAGCUUCAGUGGUAAAGCUUAUCCCGGUUCAGGUAGAUUAGACCGGCUUGGUAUGCCGGUUAUUAGAGCAGAUCCAUCUGGAUUCAGUGGCGGUCUUCGACACAGAUACUAAGCAGAUUGUAGUUGAACUUUUCAGUUUUGAGUUUAUAUAACUGAUUAUGCUAACCAGAUGUAGCUAAUUAUGAAUAUCUAAUGUGUUUUGUUUGAACCACGGCGCUAGAGUGAAGUAUUUUAUGUCUAGUUUUAAUGUUACUUGGAAAAAGAAUGCAAUCUCUUGGUAGUGACUUAUAACCACAUUGUUUGGUA